CACACGCUCACACCGCCCUCCCCGCCUCCCCAGUGAUGGAAUACAGCAGGCACAGAGCAAAGCCCACUGGCCCAGUUUUAUACGAAAGCAGCGGAACGUCAGGCUGAACGCAGCGCUCUCGCUCUCCUCCUCUGUUUCCUCCUCCUCCUCCUCAUCUACAGUGGUAAUCCUUGCUGACACCACGCACAAAGGACUAAAUGCCGCCUGCAUCCUCCAGUAGUCUUCUUCUUCUUCUUCCAGCUCUGAUCCUGCACGGCCAACCUGUCUGUCCAUACGUCGACGAUGUUGUUUAAAGAGGACUUGGAUCUAUAAAUCACAUCCCUGGAAUGCUGGCCUGGCUCUUCUAAUCCUCUGCCUCUUYCUCCUCCUCAUUUGUCGGCCGGUUCAUUCAGGGAGAGCAUCACAACAGAGGCUUUUUUUUUCUGCUUUUUUUUUUCUCUACAUUUCCCAUUUCUUUCCUGGACUACAGGUGGCUAAUUUUAAAUUUUUUUUAAACAUCUGAUGGGUUCAUGUAGCUAAAUAUCGGAGCUGCAUCCUUUGCAUCCUGCUGUUGUCGGUCUCGCUGCACAUCUGUAUGCCAACAGUCACCCCCGAUCUGUUCCCGGAAACGACGCUGGUGCCGUCUCUCCCGGCGAUACCCUCUACGCGAUCCAUCUCUGCCUCCUACAAGGCCCGGAGGCGCAGCAGCGGGGGCGACUGUGCUGCCAGGCCUCGGCCUUUGCCCGCAGCCUGCAGGCCAGGCCCGAAAAGAGGCAACAUGGAGGUGGGGAUGCGCGUGGUGCGUGGCCUGGACUGGAAAUGGGGGAACCAGGACGACGGCGAGGGCCACGUGGGCACCGUGGUGGAGAUUGGUCGGCAGGGCAGCACGACGACCCCGGACAAGACGGUGGUGGUUCAGUGGGACAGCGGGACACGGACCAACUACCGCACAGGAUACCAGGCUGCCUAUGACCUGCUGCUGUACGACAAUGCUCAGAUUGGAGUCCGCCACUCGAAUAUCAUCUGUGACAGCUGCAAGAAGCAUGGCAUCAUGGGAAUGCGGUGGAAGUGCAAAGUGUGCUUUGACUACGACCUGUGUACCCAGUGUUACAUGAACAACAAGCACGACCUCAGCCAUCCGUUUGAGCGCUAUGAGACGGCCCAUUCCCAGCCAGUGAACCUGACGCCGAGGCAGAACCUCCCACGCAUCAUUCUCAAAGGAAUCUUCCAGGGCGUUAAAGUCGUCCGUGGACCAGACUGGGACUGGGGGAAUCAAGACGGCGGGGAAGGCAAGGUUGGGAAAGUGGUGGACAUUCGUGGCUGGGACACGGAGUCCGGCCGCAGCGUGGCCAGUGUCACUUGGUCCAAUGGCACCACCAACGUUUACCGAAUGGGCCACAAAGGCAAAGUGGACCUGAAGUACGUGUCGGAUGGCCAAGGAGGCUUCUACUACAAAGAUCACCUACCUAAACUUGGUGAGCAUGCAGAGCUCCAGCGCCAGGAGAGUGCUGAUGGCCACUCUUUUCAGCAGGGAGACAAAGUCAAAUGUCUACUGGAGGUGGACAUCUUGCGACAGAUGCAGGAAGGACACGGAGGGUGGAAUCCCAAAAUGGCAGAGUACAUUUGUCGGAUCGGGACGGUUCAUAGAAUAACUGACAGAGGAGACGUCCGGGUCCAGUACAGCAACAACAUCCGCUGGACUUUCCACCCGGGAGCUCUCACCAAAGUGAACACAUUUGGAGUCGGCGAACUGGUUAAAGUUCUGGAUGAGCUGGAAAAUGUGAAGAGACUUCAGGCUGGCCACGGGGAGUGGACAGACAGCAUGACUCCUGUGCUUGGUCAGGUGGGAAAGGUGCUGAAAGUUUACGCUGACGGUGACCUGCGGGUGGCGUUUGGAGGUCAGACGUGGACGUUCAACCCGGCGUGCCUUACGGCCCAGCCUGCAGAGGUUGAUGCCAACCUCAUGACGGCCGAGAACCCCAACGAAUCUGGAAGUACUGUCAUCUCCGUGCUGGAGAAGCUGCUGUCUCAGUCGACGGAGCAGGACAACCCCGGCCGGCUCGUCAUCGAGGCAGCCCACGGGAGCGCCAACAAAGUACGGGAGUUGGUGCAGAAGUAUCCCGACAAGGUGGAUAUCAAGAACCAAGGCAAGACGGCUCUGCAGGUCGCCGCUCACCAAGGCCACACAGAGGUGGUGAAGACCCUGCUGCAGGCCAACAGCUCCGUCGAGGUCAAAGACGAAGAUGGAGACACAGCUUUACACUACACUGCCUUCGGUAACCAGGCUGAGAUUGCGCGGCUGCUGCUGAGCAAAGGAGCGAAUGUCAACGUACUGAACAACUCCAUGUGCACAGCGCUCCACAUCGCUGUCAACAAGGGCUUCACUGACGUGGUGCGAGUGCUGACUGAACAUGCGGCUGACGUCAAUCUCCAGGAUUCAUACGGGGACACGCCACUCCAUGAUGCUAUUGCUAAGGAUUUCCGCAGCAUCAUUGAGAUCCUGGUCGUAGUGCCCAACAUUGACUUCACCCAGCAGAACCACAGAGGCUUCAACCUGCUUCACCACGCUGCCCUCAAAGGAAAUAAACUGGCCACAGAAAAGAUCCUGGCUCGAGCUCGACAGCUGGUGGAUGUUAAAAAGGAAGACGGCUUCUCUGCCCUUCAUCUGACUGCUCUUAACAACCACAGAGACGUCGCCGAGGUCCUCCUCAAGGAGGGGCGCUGUGAUGUCAAUAUCCGCAACAACCGAAACCAGUCACCGCUGCAGCUGGCCGUCACGCAGGGCCACACGGACCUGGUGCAGCUGCUGGUGGACGAGGGCGCCAACGUCAACAUGGAGGACGAGGACGGGGACACGGCGAUGCACGUGGCCCUGCUCCGCCCACAGCUGGCCAAUGUCAUACUCACCCCGUCAGCAGGGGGCAGCAGCACGGAGGAGGGCAGCGAGGGCUGCUCGUCCACGUCGCUCUACUGCAGGCUGAAUUCCUCGGGUCUCCUGGGGAACACUGAGCUGAACGUCGCCAUGGCGAUUGCUUGUUUUCUGGCCCAGGAAGGUGCUGACAUCAGCUACRCCAAUCACAAGGGCAAGAGUCCUCUGGACUUGGUGGGAGACAGCACCAUGAUGCAGCUCAUUAAGAACUUCUCUGAGAAGCACAGGUUGCAGCGCCUGCAGGCCAUCACCUGUGGGCAGGGCCUGAGCAGCGCGAGCCUCCGGCGGGUCCACACAACACCCAACACCAUGACCAACCUGGUCUUUCCCACGCCGGCCGGUCCCAGUGAAUGCCUCAUCUGUUCUGAGCUGGCUCUGCUGGUUCUGUUCUGCCCCUGCCAGCACAGCGUGGCCUGUGAAGAGUGUGCACAUCGCAUGAAGAAAUGCAUCAAAUGUCAGGUCACAAUAACCAAGAAAAUACGACAAGACCAAACCGAGGUGGACUGCAGCCCUGGCACUGAGAACUCUGAGCAGCACAACCUGCUGGAGCAGCUGCAGUCCCGCUACAGGCAGAUGGAGGAGCGCAUCACCUGCCCCAUCUGCAUCGACAACCACAUCAAGCUGGUCUUCCAGUGCGGCCACGCCUCCUGCAUCGACUGCAGCGCCGCGCUCAAGACCUGCCCCAUCUGCAGGCAGACCAUCCGGGAGCGGAUCCAGCUGUUUGUCUGAGCUCCAGGUUUGUGUCCUCCUAGGUCCGCCGGCCCACAGACCCCAGGAAGGGCUACGGAGGCGCGCUGCUCUCGUGCCCUCCCGUCUCUGGCUGCCGCACCUCACCAGGGGCAAUUAAACAUUCGUUCGAACGUUUUUUUUCUAAAGAGACGCUGCUGUAGAUCGCUCAGAGUUUGCCGUUACAUUUUUGGUUCAUUUCCAUCUGGAGCAGCGCAGGAACAUUGCUUUAAUUUAAAUUCCUGCUGCGGGACAGACUCCGAGCCGAGGAAUCGCACGAGGCAGAGUGGACGUGACGCCUCCCUCAAUUUUGAAUCCUCUUGAUUGAUAAAGAAGCGAUGGGGGGGAGGGAGAGAAUCGAAAAAAAGUGUUUCCUCCUCGUGUUUCCUGUUGUACUUUGUCCGACCCUUUUGCUGCUUUAAGUGGACGUCUGUUACCCAUCAUCCUCUGUGGUUUUCUGGCCUCUUUUGUUUACAUGUCUGCACAGAGACCGGUUGUCCUGGCGCUCCUUGGCCCGUGAAGUACAUCGCUCUCAUUUACAUCCAUCUCAUAAUUCUCAAUGUAAGGCUGUGCAGAGAGAGGGUAUAGCUGAAAGCUUUCUAUGUAGACCCCAAAACACUUCUGUAUAUGCAAAGGGAGACAGAUACUAUAUAUGCAUGAGUAUAUGCAUAUUAUCCAGCUGAAAACGACUUGUUCUGUCACAGAUAAACUAGGGUUUUGUUUUACUCAAGGGGUUACGUUUGUGGUUGCCAGUGUACCUUUGACUACAAAGUUUUAUUUAUGUGUGAAAGAUGUUUUAUUUUUUAUUUUUUUAUUUUUUUGCUCAGCAAAAAAUUUGUUUUUGUUUCUACUGAGGUUUAACCCAAGCCUACGUCUGUUACUCAGGGUAUCGCAUCUUAGAAGCACUCGGAAUAUCCAUAAAUGUUUUAAGAGCCCUUUCCCAGACUCUCACACUAACACCAUUACAGAGCGUUUUAUCGAUUUGUUCYGGUGGAUCACCAAGAGGAMGAAAUGUAACAAAAACAAAUAGAUUUUGGCAUUAAUGACUCAAAUGAAAACGAAACGUGUAAUUCUCAGUUGAAAUGUGGACGGUCGCGGAGCAGAUUCUGCGAAAAGGCUUCAGUUUUCCUUCAAAACAUACGAAACAAAGAAGUGAGAAGGUGCAAACUCUUCCAAAUGGAAAAAACAAACAAACAAACAAACAAAAACUGGAUCCAAAUCUGCAUUAACAUUGAUUAUCUUUUCAGUCUAAAGCAUCUCGAGUUUCAUAUCGACACACAUUCUAUCAGGUUCACAAGAAAACAGGCCUCGCUGAUUGUGACAGUUGAAAUGAAUAUCAUUUCUUCACGUUUUUGUUAUUUCUGCUUCAUACUUGUGAUGAGUUUAGCUGAUCGUGAGCACAGCACUGAGGGUCUGCAGGCGGCCAGCAGCUGCUCCACACACUAUUACUAGGCUACUAGCAUUAGGCUGCAUAAAUGUGAAACAUAGAGAACGUUACAUGUGCUUUUCAUGAGUUAUUUCAUUAAAUGUUGACCUUAUUCAGCUCCAAAUAUGUAAAAGAUAUAAAAUACUGAGGAGCAACCUCAUAAGCUGUUACCCCRACUGAUGACCUCCGAUCUAUAAAAUUCACGACUUGCGACAGAGCGUCUUUUAUUGAGUUUACUCAACAUUUUUAACCUAGAAAAUCUUUUUUAUAGAGAACAAAACACCUGUUUUGUCAUUUUUGGCGACAACGGCGCUGAUUAGGGCAACACGAUUUUUAUAUAACAGAAAUAAAAACAAAGGUUUUUAUUUCUGCCCCUUUUUUUUCUUUUUUUUUUUUUUAAUCCGGGAGCAGUUUGAGUAGCUCUGCUCUUUUAGUAAAGUUGGGUCAGGUCAGUGGGGGGUGAGGGGGGAGGGGCAUUUCUGUGUCUGACAGCGUGGAGUUUGCUCAGACAGCUCAACUAUACACUUUGACGUACCUCUCCAAGUCUGUGAAUGUGAGCCACUUGGACCUUGCAGAUGAGCGAGUUUUUUUUCUUGAUGGUCGCACAGCCAGCAGCACCACAUGAUGACGUUCCCAUCAUCAUCAGGCCUCAUGGUAGAACGGUCUAGACAGCAGGAAUUAGGCUUAUUGCAGAUACAAUGAGUGCAGAUACUAUGAAGGUGGUUUGAAAUGCGUCAUAGUGUGUAUUUAGGGUUGUUUCCAUGUGGUUGGGUUGUCCAGGAUGGGUGUUGCUGUUGUCCAAACAUCCCUGAUCAAUCUGAGAAGGUUCCACACAACUUUAUGUCCGAUUGUGUUGUUCUGCUCUUUGGGGUUUGUCACUGGAUUCCCCCUAUUUGAAGAGGUUCAUGUUUUAUUAUUUUUUUUGUUUGGUAUGUUUUAGUUUUUAUCAGGUGUAUCGUGCAAUGUGUAAUCACACACACACACACACAAACACAGUCUUUGUGUUUCUGUCUACGGUUCGUAUCUUGUGUUACCAGUGGAGUAUUUCAGAAGCAAGCCGCCCCUUUUUUCCUCCUCUGGAGUUCUGGAUUGUACAUCAGCUUCGUCGUUUUAUUAAUUAUUAUUAUUAUUUUUUGUAUGUUGAUGUGUUUUCUUUGAAGGGCUUAUGCAUGUAUGACAACAACAAAAACUCUAGUCUAAUUUUAAUUUAAUCUUUUUUCUUUUUUUUUCUUCUGGAACUUCCAGAGACAGGAGGGUUUUUAACGUCCUCAGUGUCUCCCUGACGGUGGGAGAGACAAUGUUAAAGAUGUACAUUUGAAUGUUGGUAGGGGAGAUAAUGUAUCCUGUCUCACGCUGCCUUUUUUUUUAAUGUGUGAAGAAAAACUAAAACAUCUAAAGAAAAAAAAAAAGAACUAGGAUAUCCUUGUGGUUUAUGAUGAGGAAAUGACUUUUACAUCAGUGCCAAAUCGCAUGAGGAUGUGCAUGAACAUGAACAUGAACAUGCACGCCCGUUACUACACAGAUGCACUCUUCUACCCCACCGCCCCUCUCGACAUCAGACGGGGGGCAGAUUACUCUAGCGGUGUGUUACAAAGCGAAACAAAGCGUAGCGUCGGGUUCGACUUCGGAUCGGACGUAUUCUCUCUCUCUCUCUCUUUCUAUCUCUCUAACUCUGUCUCUCUCUCUCUCUCUCUCUCUCUCUCUGUUUGUGGUGUUAGCCUUCUAGCUUCAGCAGUCACACUCUGAAACCUCUACGGCAGAAGACGCUACUCUCAUUCCCAAAACGUGAUCCGUUCUGAGCUUUUUACAACUAUAUACUUAUAUAUAAUAUAUAUAUAUUUAUAUUUUGUGAGACAUUAUCAAUCAAGGGACAUGUUUCUUAUAGAAGUUUCAGUAUUUAAAGAUUGUCCUCUGGUGUUCUGAUGGGUUUACAGAUGAGGCAAUAAUGUUUAAGAAAAAAAGAUAAAUGUGUGAAAUUGUUUUCAUUUCCUUUUGCUCCUUUUUAAGGAGUCUUGCUGUGAGCGCGGCGAAACGGUUUCUGUACAAAAGUUAUUAAUUAAAGCAGCAAAAUGUUACUGUCGGUGUUUGUACAGUUCGACUCUCUGAGUUCUGAUGUUGGCCUUACUGUCCAUUCCUCCUCGGUUGAUGUUUUUUUUUUGUUUUUUUUUUUCAGUUGAAUUCUGUACAAAAAUAUUUUGCAAUAAAUAUGGAACUGUU